AUUUCUAUUUACUAUUUAGCUCUUGAAUAACUCAAAUAAAAAGUAAAACACUUUAUAAAAUGAAUUACUCACUUCUUAUUCUACUUAUUGGAUUGGUCUUUCACUGUGGAGAAGCAAGCAAAAAGAAAUCAAUAGUGUCGGGUACACCAUGGCCAGGUUUCCCGUUCAACCGGCCUCCUAUGGGAUAUUUCUCGAAAUCCCCUGUGGAACCUGACGAAUAUUAUGAAGACUAUGACUUGGUCGAGGAAAACGACCUCGAUGAGAAUGAAAAAUCUACCACGAAGCCAGAUUACAAGAAGUCCAAUGCUUUUCAUGCCGGAAUAGCCAGUGCGAUUCACGACUUUACAUUCGACUUGUACAAGGGGAUGGUUCGAAACAAAAGCGUGGAAGACAAUCUCGUUUUUUCUCCACUCUCUGUCUACACCGCAUUGUGCAUGUUAACGCUAGGACUCGGAGGCAAGUCACACUCACAAGCAAUGGAAGUACUUCACGGGGACGCUUUCCCAGAUGUUCACAAUGCAAUGUCGGAAUUAUCUGAUGCAAUUUUUGACAAUUCAAGAUCGGGUAGUGUCACGCUUACCAAAGCAAACAGAAUAUUUAUUGACCGAUCUGUGAGACUCCUCAAAGAAUUCAAAUCUAGUAUGAGAAAGGACUACCACGUCAGCGCAAAGAAAGUCAACUUCAUGAAUGCUCCCGACUUAAACCGAAGAAGAAUCAACCAAUUCGUACAAAGACAUACGGAACGAAAAAUCAAGGACCUUGCACCAAGAGGAUCGAUUUCAUCCGACACAAGAUUGUUUAUUGCAAACGCUAUGUACAUGAAGGCUUCUUGGGAAACACGAUUCACGUUUACGGACAAAGGAAGAUUUACCGUCAAUCCGAGUGAGAAAAUCAUUGUAGACAUGAUGCAAAGUUCCAGUGGAAGCUGUUAUACCACACUUAGCAAUGAAUUGAACGCAGAAGUGAUCAGGAUUCUUAUGAAAGGUGACGUCAGCUUCAUAGCCAUCGUGCCUUCCACUCCAGGAGAUUUCUCUCUACUAGAAGAUGGGAGAGGAAAAGGACGAACACGCCGAGCAUUGGAAGCCUUAUACGAACCCGGGUUUUCAGUGUGGCCACAGUUAUGCCGUAUUACAAUGCCAAAAUUCAAGAUCGACUUCAAAGCAGACGACUUGAUAGACGUUUUGAAAGACAUGGGAAUGACGGAUAUCUUUGACCCAACGGAGGCAGAUCUUAGCAAAAUGACACCGAGUAGAGAGCCAUUGUACGUGAGCGAUGUGCGUCAUAAAGCUACCAUUGACGUCAACGAAAAUGGUCUCGAAGCAGCAGCGGCUACAGGAAUUGGGGUUGCGGCGCGUAUGAUGCCACAACCUGUCACGAUAGAUCGACCAUUUUUAUUUAUGGUACGAGACGAGAAAACUGGAGCUACAAUAUUCACCGGAAAAGUCGUUCGGCCAAAAUAUGAAUAAAAAUCGCAUUUCGAAUCAAAAUCGAAAACUUGACGCGAGAAUAGUAGCCGAUAAGAAAGAGACACAAUGAGUCCUGCUACAUUGGAGAGACAAAACACUCAAUUUUGGCGGCUAUAAAACUGGACAGUGCUUGAGACAGCCUUUUUAUCAUCAAUGCAUUUUGCUGAGAACAUGCUUGCAUUUCUAUAAUUACGAUUACAAAAAGUAAAAGCUGGACAGGUAUACAACACCAUAGAUAUCAAAGCAUAGUGUCGUAUUUUGGUAUUUUUAUAUUUUUAACUUAUUAAUUGUUAUAUAAAUUUUUUAAUUAGUUUGAAGGUCUGCUACAAUUAAGUUAUACAUUUUAUUUGUUUCUUGUUUGGUAAAUACCAACUUGACCAUCUAUAUAGGAAACGUUAUUGACAAAUUAACAGUCCAUCGGAGACUACGCUGCCAAUGGUUUACACUCGAUUUUGUAAAGCUUGAAUAAAGGCAAUGUGAGACGUUUUUCAUUUCAGGAUAUUUUAUUGGAUCAAAACAGACGUUUUAUGCUUCAUUUUAUAUUUAUGCGUAUUUUUCUUUUUAUACAAAUAUUAAAUAAAACA